AUGAGUAGAGCAAAAAGAUCAGCCCUUAACGGAGAGAUAAGCGGUGAGUUGUCCGAUUUGGACAUUUCAAGAAGUGAAAGAAACUCUUUGAAAAGACAAAGAAUUGAAAGCUCAUCUAACUCGGUGAAAGAGGAUGCCGCUAGAAGAAUCGCCAUUGCCACUGGGAGAGUCAUGUUGGGACUGUCCAGUAGAAACCAGGCUCUUAAUAAAACUAUUAUCUCAAAGAUAAUAGAGACUGAGAAUGAACGAGGCACCGGUCUACAGUUUAAGAAGAAUGUCCUUCCUAUUCUUUCAAACAUGAUGUUUGACACUUUUAGAUAUGCGGUUGAAGAAUUACCAUCAAAGAAAGUCUUAAUGAGCAGUAUAUCAGUGAAGGAGAAAACUAAAGGAGAAACUAAAGCAGGGCCUUUGUCUGAUGGAUUCAUUCUUACAAACAACAUAUCUGCUUCAUUGCGUGCUCUAAACUAUACAUUUAUGGCCAAAAAUACACGAAAUAUUGGUAAAUCAAUAAAGGGAAUGCAAACUCCAAAGGAAAACAUGUCUAAACUCAAAGUAUAUGGAGAGGGUUUACCAAAGCCUACUUCGAUGAUUGUACAAAAUGGCUUCAAAUUACUCAUAAUAUGUGUUAUUAUCUUACACAACAACAACAUCCUGCAAAGCGAUUUGACCAAUGUCUUAAAGACAAAAUUUGGUUUAUCGUUCAAAGAGAAAGAGCAAGUUUCGAUAUUAGGUAACCAGACUCUUAGUGAGUUCAUAGCAAUGCUCAGCAAGCAAGACUAUAUUGAAAGAAUGCUUAUUAGUAAUACAGAUGGUAGUGGCGGAAUAAGCCAGAGGAGUUUGAACUCCAAAAACGCAAAGCAUGAUGAUAAUUCGCUGGUACUGAAAUUGGGAAGGCGAUGUUUAGCCGAGUGGACUAUGGAAGAGUUUGUCGGUAUUUUUCGUCAGCUCAUGCAAUCCCAAUGGACUGACCAGUUGCAAGAGGCGGCGAUAUUCACCGUGUCCAACAUUUGGAAAUCAUAA